AUGCUAAGGAGGUCCCGCCACGGCGGGGUCCGUCUCGGCCGGAAGCUGCUCGGCCUGUGUCGGUGGGCGCUCUGCGGCCGGCGCCGGCGCCGGGGAGGCUACCGCCGUCUGCAGCAGCAGCCCAGCACGCCCGAGCCCGCCGCGAGGAAGCUCGCGCCGGUGCUGCGGUGGGGCCGGUCGCUGGCGCGGCGUCUGAGGCUCCUCGGGUGGAGGGCCGGCGGGCACCGGAUGCUGGGCGACGGCCGCGAGCAGGUGGUGACCACGCCCAAGGGGCAGGUGGCCGUGUACGUCGGCGGCGGCGAGGAGGCGUCGCAGUCGCUGCGGUACGUGGUCCCCGUGGUGUACUUCAACCACCCCAUGUUCGGCGAGCUGCUCAGGGAGGCCGAGGAGGAGUUCGGGUUCCAGCACCCCGGCGUCAUCACCAUCCCCUGCCCCGCCGCGCGGUUCGAGCAGGCCGCGGCCCUGGCCGCCGCGGGGAAGAAGGUCUUCAGCAGGUGGUAG